AUGGAAACAGAAGGCUCUGAAAAGCCUGAAGACCAAAAGAUAGAUCCUCUUCUAGAAAUAAAAGACUCUAUUUCUGAGCUUAAAAAAUCCUACAACGAAAUUCGUGGAACAGUUUUGGACCUUCUCCCUAUCCUAAAAGAUUUUCGAGAUCUUAUUCAAGGAAAAUCGUUAUUUGAAAAAGGUUUUUUUUUCUUAAAUUCACUCGCAAAAGAAAUAAAAAGCAACAUACUCACUGAAAUCAACAACAAACUAUCAGAGCCUUAUGAUAUUUUAAGAGAACUUCGGGCAGAAUUUGAUAACUUCAAAGAUUCCAAUUAUGAUCAACAUUAUAUAAAUAAAAUAUGGCGUCUUCGUCUGGGCAUAGCCGGAAGGCCAUGCAUACUCGACUUAUAUUUUAUUUAUAUCCGGCAAGGUUUUACUACUUCAGAAAUGGACAGCAAUGCUAGGUAAGCAAUUCUGGUUGUGUUCAGAGCCUAGCCCAAGUCUAAAUUCAGGGGUGAUUUUUUCCUCAUGGGGAAGGAGGGCACGGAAGUUGGAAAGGGGAAGCCCAGCAAAGUCCUUUGGACCCAAUCGGGCAACUCCCUAGCGUGAAACUGGGCGUUACGUCCCAGGCUACGUGCUUUUCCUUUUUGCCGAGAGUCGACCAGAAAAUCCAUUUUUUAUGGAUUUUCGGAAAGGCAACCCAUGUCGUGCGAAUCCCUUGUUUGAGGCAACAAGGAGGGCUUCCGCCGAGGCCUCACCAUGGGCGAUGGAGCGUGCAGGGGUGCAAAUCCCCGGCCCUGCAAGUGCGAAAUGGCUAAUCUUAAUCUUAAUCUUAAUGAUCAACAUUAUGAAAUUAAAGACAGUUUAGACAUCUUCAAAUCCCAGCUAGAAGUUAUGUUUAGGAAUCAAGCCGCAAUGACCGAAAGAGAAGAUUUUUUUGAAAAUAAAAUCAGCGAUUUAAAAGAAGAUUUAGCAUUAAAAGCCCCGUUCGGAUUAUUUAAUAAAUUAUCUGAUACAGUAACUACGAAAGCUAGUAUUGGAGAUAUUAAAGAUAUCGAAGAUAAAAUAAUUAAAUUAGUAAGUUUGCAAGAAUUUAGGGCACUAAAUGAUCAGGUAGAGUGACUGAACCAAAAAAUGAAUUCUUAUGCAUCUAGGGAUAUGAUUUCGAAUUUAGAAAAAACGAUUAUUGAUAAUGUUAUGGGACAAGUAGGGGAUUAUUGUAAAAAAACAGAUUUUGCUGAAGAAGUUGAAAAGAUAAGCCACUUGAUAUUAAAUAAUAUAUAAAAUAGUCCCUAAAAUACGAUAAAAUAUUCAUAUCAUUAUCAUAUACAAGAAAAAAUUAAUCUGACUAAAAAAGAAAUUGAUACAAAUAAAGAAACGCAUUUUAGAAUAGCAGAUAAGCUUAAAUCAGAAAUCAGUAAAGUAAAUAAUUCGCUUCAUUCAAAACCUUGAAACCCUGAUAUUGAAUUUGUUAUAAGCGCAAUCAAUAAAAAAACUGACGAAAAAGAUUUCAAUGACUUCAAAAUAGAAACUGAGCCACAAAUAAGAAAUUUUGACAUAAAAGUAAACAUUUUUUCCAAAAAAACAGAACUUUUUGAAAAAAUAAUCGAAAGAUACGACGAGCUCCUUCUAGAUAAAGCAUCAAAAGACGAUCUUUCAAAAAUCCAGCAAGUUCUCCCGACUUUUUGCAAAGAAAAUGAUUUUAUUUCGUUUAAAAUUAACACAGAAUCUCAUUUUACUACAAUAGACAACCGGCAGAUAGCUCAUAUAGAUAAUAUUCAUUAUGUGAACUCUCGGCUUGACACAUUUGAUUUUAAUUUCAAAAUUUUUAAAAAAGACAUGAAGCUAUUUUUAAAUCUGUAUAAUCAUUUUGAAGAAUUCAAACAAAAAAUUGAAAACAAAGCAGAUAAAGAAGAUCUUUAUUCAAUGAAUGAUUUAUUAACUCUUUUAUGAAAAUAAUUGUUUUUUUAGAUAUAGAAGUUUCUUUUCGGUGGCGCGAUAAGGUGCAUUCCUAGGUUUUACCGGAUGAUCUUAAACAUAUGAAAACUUGCUAUUCUUUAUUCAUGGGGGAGAAAAACAGCCUAAAUAAAGAAUCCUGCCUGAUCAAUCUCGAGAACUUGAAGAGAGGCUGUGUGAAAAAUUUACAUUUUGGUUCGUCAAAUGAAUCUGACGAGCCAAUUCUGGCCAGUACUUGAAAUGAAAAAUGGUAGUUGCCAAAGUUUUAUUAAUUUUUUGAUGGUGAGUAUGAUCAGAAUUUUAAUAAAUGGCACAGGAUCAGACAACUUAUUCCUUUCAAACCGAUCUAAUAAUUCCUUUGGUAAUAAUUAUAACUGCUUUAUAAAAGCCAAAGUUUGUGCUAAGCGCUUGUUGUUCUUUAUGAAAUUACUAAUGACUAACUUGGUUUUCGUUAGAAAAUUAAAAAUGAGUUAAUAAUUAAAAACUUGUUGAUUGAGUUGUGUUUUUGCGGAAGGAUAGAUUUCUAAAUAAAUGAUGCCAAUUUAAUUAUGAUUAAAAGCUUUAUAAAAGCCAAAGUUUGUGUGCUAAGCGCUUGUUCUUCUUUACGAACUUACUAACGACUCAUAUGGUUUUCGUUAGAAAAUUAAAAUGGAGUUAAUAAUUAAAAACUUGUUUAUCAAGUUGUGUUUUUGCGGAAGGAUAGAUUUCUAAAUAAAUGAUGUCAAUUUAAUUAUGACUAACUGCUUCAUAAAAGCCAACGUUUGUGCUAAGCGCUUGCUGCUCUUUACGAACUUUACUAAUGAUAUUAAAAAUUUUCUUCUUAUAAUAUUUUUAAAUUUCUAAAAAAUAAAAUUUUAAAAUAAUUAUAUCAAUAUAAAUAAAUUUUUUAUAAAAAUAUUUUUAAAAUAAAAUAAUAAUUUUUUAAAAUUUAUUAUAUCUUUAUAAGAUGGGACUUUAAUUUUAACAAUAUUUUUUAAGUGGGUUGUCUUAUCCUGUGCCAUUUAUUAAAAUUCUGAUCAUACUUGCCAUCAGAAAAUAAUAAAAUUCUGGCAACUAUCAUUUAUAAUUUCAAGUACCGGUCAGAAUUGGCUCGCCAGAUCCAUUUGACGAACCAAAAGUGUAAAUUUGCAAAUAGCCUUUCUUUAAGUUCUCGAGAUUGAUCACCCAGAGCUCUUUAUUUUCACUGUAUGACUCUCUUACAAAGAAGGAACAUCAGAUUUUCAUGGUCCAAAGACCUUUUAGUCAAACUAGGAAGCACGCCUUAUCGCGCUAUUGAAGAGAAAGUUCUAUAAUUUUUCGAAAAACAUUUUUUAAAUAAAACUCGAAUGUAAGUAAACAAGAAGAUAUGGUGGCUGCUGCACAAGCAAUUGACGAUUUACACAAGCAGCUAGAAAUGCAAGCUAUUCUUCAUCAUGCUACCAUUAAAACCCUUCUUGAUUCUACCGAUACUGCAGGCACAAAAAACCGCAAAAGGCUUGAAAUUUAUAGAAAUUCUUCAUCCCUACUAAACUGAAUUUCAAACUCAAUCGCACCUGAGAUGGACAAACUUGUAGGGACCGCAAGAAAUCUUAUAAACUCUUCAUUUAAUAAAUCCAUGCUGCCAGACCAUGAUUCACCUGAUAUAAUUUUACCAUUACUUCCCAGUCAUGAUAAAAAGCGAUCAAAAUUAGUAACACCUAUCCCUGUACCCAAUACGUAG